CUUCAACCGGAGCUAGUGCAGUUCUUAUUUUAUCUCACAAUCUCUCCGCCCCGUCGGACGCCUUUUUUUUGUCCCCCCCGAAAGAAACUGAGUGAGAAAACAUGGCCCAUCAGGAAGUAGCCUACCGAACUUCUGCCAUAUCAAACAGAUCCUGGAAUUCCUCCCGCAGUGUCAUUUAUCAUGACAACAUGUAUCCAGGUAGCGUCCGUGAGAGCGGGUAUUCAAGCUCAAGUGUGACAUACCCCCCCGGCUGCGGUUCGGCAUACAGUUCGGCAGCCAAUGUGUCGAUAAUGGGGACCAGUGGUCCAGUCGGCCGGCACCAGUCUACAUAUUCUUCAUCGCCGGUUUACAUCUCGAGAGCACAGUCCGGGCUAUAUGGAACUUCUUCCGGGGGAGCGUAUGACUCGUACAAUAGCACAGGCUCGCAGGGUUGGGACGUACCAGGCAGAUACUCUCCAACGGAUUCUGUUGAUGACAUUAUUGUGUCCCCCAAUUUAUCGGAUUAUGCUUUGGAUAACAAUUGUGGAAGUUCUGCGCCUGCAGGAAAGUCCAAGAGCAGUGGCAAGGGCCGUCCCCAGAGACGGCCUUCAAAUAGAGACGAGUUCGAUGGACCGCACCAGUAUCUAGCGAGGCCACCGCCGGAUUAUGUUGCCAUGCAGGAAAGGGAGCUCCCCCAUCUCCCUACAAAUCUCUUGGUGCAAGAGCAGGAUAGUGUCCUGACACAAGUCAACGAUCGACUCUCGCAGUGCGCGUUCGACUUUGUUGCAAAAUACCAGUUUCCAAUCCCUUUGACCCAGGAAAUGAGGCCAGUCGAGAGACCACAGGAUAGAGAAUGGACCGAAUGGGUUUACUUACUGAAGCGCCUCGCGACUAAGAGGCGAAUACCCGCCCGAGUCCUUUAUAACGGGCAGAUCAAGCAGUUUGUGACCAUCUUAGAAAACUCGUUGGAGAUGCGGCAUGCCGCGAAGCAUCAGUCGCGCCCGCUGAAGGAUGACCGGAACAUCCUGCAACUAAUUAGUGCCGGUAUUCAGGUUGCGAAGAUUCUUAAGGACGCAGCCGCGAUGGAUUGCCUGGACAGACUAUACGUUUCAACCGAGCAGCAGAUCCAGGAACGGACCGCUGCGGCGUCAGCACGGUUCCGCUGAAGGACUCGUACAUGCAACUCACACACCCCCCAUUGGAAUU